GGGUCAACACUGGCUAUUGUGUGAAAAAAACAUAUUAGUUAAUACUAAUAUCUCCAUGGAGUCAAAAUCAAAGGCUAUGACCUGACAGAUGUAAUUUGUGAUUUAUUCAGACUGCAGAGGUCCACUUAUUAUUUACCAUCCUGAUACUGCCAAGGAAAUUCCAUAGACUCCAGCAGUCUUCACUAGUACUUCCCAUGAAGCCAUAGCAACUCCAUAUUCACACCAUUCAUCUAUUCAACUGCACUGAACAUUUGCAAAGCUCAUAGCGAAUCAGAAACACUACAGACAAGGCUGACGUCAGUCUCUCUACGUCACUCCAUUGCAAACAGACUUAUGUUGCAUGUAAAAUGUGAGUGUGCGCGUGUUUAUGGCAUAGGAUGGGGGUGUUUUAAGUAUCCAUCCCAGAACGGACCCACCAGUGGUGCACAGAGUGACAGAGAGAUAGACAUAGAGUUGUGUUUCAGUGACAGAGCUGAAUCUACAGCUGACUAGAAGAACAGAGAGCUCUGCACCUCAUCAACACUUCUAGCAACAAUGGAAGUAGUUCUUACCAGACUGAGAGAUUUCUCCUGUAAAGAAACUUCUUUCGAUCACUGUAAAGCAGCAGUAAUGUGCAGGGAGCAUCCCUCAUCCCAGGAAGUGCGCAGUGGGAAGUGUAUGGCUGGAGAGGGGGACAUUGAGACUGCACUGGUUUGGUUGAGGAAGGAGCUGAUGGAGAUGCGCUCUCAGGACCAAGCUUUGAUUCGCCAGCUGAUGGAUCUCCAUGACGGCAUUCAGGAACUGAAGCAGGAGUGUGCAAAAGCCAUAGAAGAAGAGGAAGAGGAGGAAGAGGAAACUUGUUGGGACUCUGGGAGUGAGGGUGGGCGAAGCAGCAGUAUUUCCUCCUUCUCUGGAGAAAUGAGCUUUUACACUUCCAUCUACUCCUUUAGCACAUGCAUGAGCCCCGCUUCUCUUGCAGCCUACACACCCAAGCAGGCCUUUAGUAGACGCAGAUCUGUGCCCUGAAACCUCCAGUUCAGAUCACAUGUGCUUGAUUAAUAAUACACCAAGUUCCAUUAUGCAUGUUACAUUAGUGUUGAGUCUUAGUGUUGAGUCUCACAGAAGAACAAAUUAUGUGAGAAAUUUCAUGUUUUAUUGGACUCUGUAUUUAAAACAACCGAAGUAACACAACUGCCUUAAGUUCAGAACAUACUAAAGAGAAAAGGUCAAAUGUUUUACACUGUGAGAAACUUGUCUUUGGUGAUAGACUGCUAUUCUACCUGAAUGCACAAAUAGAUAUACUUUAGAAUGCACGGAGGAAGUUUGUUUUACUUAAACAGCUCUUAGCCUGUAUAUUUGUAAAUUCAUUUUCUUUCAUUGUAUUUCAUUUUCGAGUGCAUUUUCAAACUAAGUGCUUAAGUGUUGUAUGAUGUUUUUAUGACACUGACAGCAAAUUACCAGAAAUGUAAUGUUCUGAAAGCAGAACAAUAAACAACUCAUUUCUAUUGUAUUGUGAGAGUCAUAGCAUGGAACACUUAGAUUUUUCUUUUCUUUUUGAUAAAGACAUGAACAUAUAUUCACUGAUUAUCAAUUUUUUCCAGGACAAAUAUAAAAAAACUAAUGAUAUAAGACAUGAUUUGACAUCACACUUAUUACUAGUACCACAAGUAUGAUGAUUAAAACCUAUAAACCUGA